UGUUUCUAAUGUUGUUCGCAUCCAGAAAGUAGGACACCUAAAUCUUUUGUUGUCUCAACGGUAAUACACAGGCUAAAAAAUUGUCCUUUAAAAUACCAGCUAUUUUUAAAGCCUGUUUUUUAGAGGAGUCAUAAGUCUUUUAAAGUGACUUGCUGAACUGGAGGAACUGUUGAUCCCAUCUAAUUUGUAUACAGUGCAGGUACCAGAGACAACAUAGUAAAAAUUUGAACAGGGCUCAUCAAGUUUGAGAGCCAUGACAUUUUGAGAAAGGCAUGAGGGAUCAGUCCCCUAGUUGAGGAGGCAGAAUCUCCUCAGCUCCCCAGCUUUGUUUAGUUUCUGUAUUUGCAAAUUAUGUUUUGUCAGUAGGUUUUCUGCUGCUGAUCCCUUAGCAUGCUUAUGAUCUGCUCACUGCUUGCUUUCAGCAGCGAGAAAGCCAACUGGAGAAGAGACUGCCCUCAGCUUGCUUCAUUGUGGUUGUUAUUAGAGUGGGAGAACCUGUUGGACAAGGUGUUUAAAUUAAUCUAACCCACGAAUCGUGGAAGGAAAGUAGAGGGAUGGGGUCAGUUGUGCCAGCCCUCAGCACUGGGCCACCCCUUGCUUUCCAGUAAUUGGCUGCUGCAGGAACCUGGUGAAACAUCUACAGUCACAGUCACUGCUUCCUAAUACAGAAAUGGCCCUUGCUCUGUGGAAGAACUUACUUCAGACUACAAAGAAAAGGAUACUACAACAGAGAAGGUUGUCACUGUAUAAUGGUGCUCAUGGCUAUGAGGAAGAAUUGAUAAAGAAGAAACUUCAACAGUUUUCUGGUGGAUCCAUCAACCUUUCCAAAAAAGACAAUGGCAUUGGAAUACUUACUUUGAAUAACCCAAAGCUAAUGAAUGCAUUUACAGGUACUAUGAUGGUAGAACUCCAGGAGAGGGUUACCGAACUGGAAAACUGGAAGGAUGGCAAAGGUCUUAUAAUCCAUGGUGCAGAAAACACUUUUUGCUCAGGAUCUGAUUUGAAUGCUGUCAAAGAAAUAUCCAACUCCCAGGAUGGGAUGUAUAUGUGCAUGUUUAUGCAAAACACCUUAACCAGACUUAUGAGUCUCUUGUGUAGGUUGCCUUUGAUCAGUGUUGCACUAGUUCAAGGAAAAGCUUUUGGAGGAGGAGCAGAACUUACCACAGCAUGUGAUUUCAGGUUGAUGACGCCUGGAAGUGAAAUUCGGUUUGUGCACAAGCACAUGGGCCUGGUGCCAGGCUGGGGAGGCGGUGCCCGGCUGGUGCGGAUCGUGGGAAGUGGUGCAGCCCUGCAGCUGCUGGCCGGGGCUGCCCGGGUGGACCCCGAGAGAGCGCUGAGCCUGGGGCUCUCCCAGGAGACUCUGCCGUCCUCGGACGGAACCACAGCGCUGGGACAGGCCCGGACCUGGCUGGCUCAGUACACAGAGGGUCCGACCACUGUGAUCCGAGCUGUGAAAAACGUGGUGACAGCAGGAAGAGAGCUCCCACUGGAAGCUGCCCUAAGGACAGAGAAGGACAUUUUUGGAACUGUAUGGGGUGGGCCUGCCAAUUUGCAGGCAUUGGUUAGAAGACCAAAACAUAAAUGAUGGUUUAUGCAUAAGAAAGGGGCUUGACCUUUUUGCAAACAAAGCUUUCAGUAAAGCAGCCAUUACACUGAAUCAUUUAAGGACUUGUCCAUUUAAAAUGGCAUUAACAUUCCUGCCAUUUAGGUCAGGCAGGCAUGUCUGGUGUACAACCGCAGAGGAUCCCAGGCAGAUUCUCUACUGUCCUAAUCACCCACUGAAUCACGAUUAGUGAAAUUAGUAUGUAAAGGUAAAUACUGUGCUGAAAAUAGAACUAUAAUUCAUUUGGAAUGAGGCUGAAGACUGUUUUAUUUGGUGUUUUGUUUUGGGGCUUUUUUAAAACUAGUAUAGAAUUACUUGAAAGUUACAAGGUUUAUUCAUUUGCGGAACAGGUGCACCUAAAGCUGCAAAAUAUGAGUUCCCCAACAUGACACCUUAAGCAGCUUGGAAAAGAUAAUUACUAGUGGAAGGGUAGCUUUUCUUUUUUCAUUCUAGUUAGUUCUUUAUGUAAUUGCUGAGGAAAUAUCCUUUAAUUUUAAUGCUGCUUUUAUAGGAAAAGCUUCAAGUUAGUGAGAAGCUUCUAGCACUCAUUCACUAUCACUGAUUCAGGUUUUAAAAUGUAUUUUGGUGUCUUCUCACUGCUCAAGGAGUGAGAUUCCCAUAUCCUGUACCUUUGCAAAGCUACUGGCCUGGUUCUUUACACAGAAUCUUGUUGAAAUCUUGGGAGGCCAUGAUCAUGCCCCGAGAUGGCUUGUUCUUAGGCAACUGGGUGAUGUGAGUACUUCAGCAUUCUAAGAUGUGAGUGGAUAUGUCUAUGUCUUUCUUGAAUGCAUUUUUACUGGGAGUGCAUAUUCGGGCUGACUAGAAAGUUUAGAACUGAGUCUCCACUUCAUGCCAGUGACUAUGCAAGUAAUUGGAUAACUCAGUGAGGAAAGUUUUCCUUUUAGAAAUUAGAAACUGACAGAGUGCCUGCUUUAAAAAUAAACAUCUGUGAGAGUAAAACCA